CCAUCACUGAUGUAAGUAAUGGGCCCCACCUGCUAGCCUGCUCCCUAACAUAUCACUGGUUUCAGUUCAACAAUGACUCUGAUAAAAUACAUGUUUUGUUAUGUGCAAAUGGCUUUAGAUAUCUUUACGUCGGGCAUAGGCAAAGUUGGCCCUCCAGAUGUUUUCGCCCUCCAGCUCUAUGAUUCUAUGUAUGCUUCUAAGUGUGCCACCCGAACAUUUAGGGUAGGUUGUUAUUACUAGGCAGGUGUAGGCCAUUAGUUGUUGCACUUCAAGGGAUCAAAAUGAUGGAUUUAAUUAAAGCAUAUUUCGUAAGAGGAGUCAAACUACUUCCUAUCUGUGACACCUCCUAACAGGAGUUAAACAACUUCCUAUUUGUGCAACAUUUCUUACUGGAAGAAAUUGAAGGUUUUGCUUUUACCUGCCAGUUUGACCUUGAGUUCCCUGCCCUCCUUGGAGAUCUCUUUCAGGCCUUCUUUGUCAGGGCAGCUCCUUUGCAGAGAGACAAACCCAGCUUGCCUUUAAAAUGCACCUUAGAAUAAAGGUGAAGGUACCCCUGACCGUUAGGUCCAGUCGCGGAUGACUCUGGGGUUGCGUCUCUCGUCUCGCUCUGUAGGCCAAGGGAGCCGGCGUUUGUCCACAGACAGCUUCCGGGUCAUGUGGCCAGCAUGACUAAGCCGCUUCUGGUGAACCAGAGCAGUGCAUGGAAACACCAUUUACCUUCCUGCCAGAGCAGUACCUAUUUAUCUACUUGCAUUUCGUGCUUUCGAAUUGCUAGGUUGGCAGGAGCUGGAACCGAACAACGGGAGCUCACCCCGUCACAGGGAUUCGAACUGCCGACCUUCUGAUAGGCAAGCCCUAGGCUCAGUGAUUUAGACCACAGUGCCACCCACAUCCCUACAUUAGAAUAAACCAUGAUGCUAAUUUAUAUUAGCAUAAAAUAUUUCAACUUCCCUUUUCCUUUUAAAUCGAGGGCCUAUUUCCAUCAUCCAGACAGUUAGAACUCCCUAGAACGUCCUGUGUGUUCUUGGCAGACAAAAAAUUGGUUCUGCACAUUUGAGCCGUUUUGCACAACUGAUUUGAAAAGAUUAAGAAUUGAAAGCAGAGGUGGUGGACAGCCUGUGGCCCUCCAGAUGUGGUUGAGCUUCAGUUCCCAUCAUCCUUGGUAGCUGGGCCUGAUGGGAGCUGGAGUCCAAGAACAUGUGGAGGGCCAAAUGUUCUCCACCCCCAGAUCUAAAGGAACUUCUGAAGCAGGUCAAGGGAGGAAGGGUAAAAGAGUAUUGGGAAAUAAUUUAUAAUGGAUUGGGGGGGAGUUUAAAAGUACCCUUUUUUAAAAAAAAAAGUCUUUUUUGUUGGGGAUAUUUCAGACAGAUAUUCCCAGGUGUCAAAAAAAGAUUAUUUAUGUAUGCCACUACUGCGGCCCGUGUUUUGUUAACCCAAAAAUGGAUAACAAAUGAGGUCCCAGCUAAAGAAGAAUGGCAACUUAAACUGAUGGAAAAUGCGCAGCUUGCGGACCUAAUAAGAGAACAAGAAGAACAUACGUUUAAAGAAGAUUGAAAAAUGUUUAUUGAAUAUAUGGAGGAAAAUUGUAUACACUUGAAAACUUUGGCAGCGUUAAGAUAAAUUCAAGUGUAAAUAAGUUUUGAUUGAUGUAAUAAUGGAAUGCUGAAUGGUUUCGUUUUUAUAGACUAUGCAGGGAUUGUUAUGCAAAAUGAGCCAUGGAAAGAGAAGAAGGGGAGUCUUUGAAAUUUUAAGGUUGUUUAUAUGAAUAUUCUAAUUUGUAAAACAGAAAAUUUAAUAAAAAUUAUAAAAUAUAAAAAAACUAUACAAUGCCUCAAGAGGUAGCUCCACCUGGGAAUUCUGGACAUAAUGGAAGAGGUAAAGGUUUUGGAUUGUCAUAAAAGAUGCAAGAGGAAAGGAUUAAUAGGAAAGGACCCACAAAGGGGAGGGUGGAAAUCCAGGAGAUUCCUUAGGAUCUUGUUUUUAUGAUUGAUGUGUGAUAUAGCUCUGUAAAAAAAAUUGUUUGAAAAGCCAAAUAAAUAAAUUUUAUGUAUAAAAAAGAGAGAAGAAUGUCAUUGAGAAUUCCUCCAUAAAGUUGAAGCAGGUUAUAUCAUCCAUCCCUUGAAGAAGAGGAAUCGAAACCUCCUCCAGCUCCCCAGUGUUGAUAUCGAAGCUGGACCUACUAGUUCUGGGACCACAAGGGUCUUGGCACUGCUGAUUAUGCACAGGAAGACACAGCGCAUGACACUCCCAGCCACUUCACAAUACCUGUAUGAGUAGUGAUGACUUCGAAGCCAGGCCCUCAGUGGGCACAUGGGGGGUGAAAGUCUAGAGAUGUCUAUCACAAUGGGUUAAAGCACUGAGUCCCGGGAAGAAAAACUACAGGCCUUGUCAGCCUGACCAGGUCAUCAUGUCAAGGGCUUCCAGAGGAGACAAACUUCUGAGCGACCUUGGUUACAAGUUGGGCCAAACCUUGGGAGAAGGCAGCUAUUCCAAGGUGAGAGUAGCCACUUCAGCCAAAUACAAGGGGCCACUAGCCAUCAAAAUGGUGGACCGGCGUCGAGCGCCCCGGGAUUUUGUGGAGAAGUUUCUGCCGAGGGAGCUCUCCAUCUUGAGAGGGAUCCGUCACCCGCACAUCGUCAGAGUCUACGAGUUCAUCGAAGUCUGCAACGGGACGCUGUACAUUGUGAUGGAGGCCGCGUCUACGGACCUGCUGCAGAUGGUGCAGAAAACGGGCAAACUGCCCUGCGCCCCUGAGGCCCGGGACAUCUUUGCCCAGGUUGUGGGUGCCGUGCGCUACCUCCACGACCGGCAUUUGGUGCACCGGGAUCUCAAGUGUGAGAACGUGCUGCUCACUUCGGACGGCCGCCGAGCAAAGCUGACCGACUUUGGCUUUGGCAGAGAAUCGCGCGGGUACCCAGAGCUGAGUACCACCUACUGUGGCUCUGCGGCCUACGCCUCUCCUGAGGUCCUCAUGGGCGUCCCCUACGACCCCAAAAAGUACGACGUGUGGAGUUUGGGCGUCAUGCUCUACGUGAUGAUAACCGGCUGCAUGCCCUUCGAUGACACCCACAUCCAUAACAUGCCGUGCCGCCAGAAGAAAGGCGUCGUUUUCCCCGAAGACCUGCCUGCUGUGGCGGAGCCCUGCCAAGCCCUUAUUAAGCAGCUGCUCCAGUUCAGCCCAGAAUCUCGGCCCUGUGUGGGGCAAGUAUCUAAGAACAGCUGGCUGAAGGGGGAAGCCUAAGUGUGAUGGCUUUCCCUACUCUGGUGUCGCCAGGACACCUACCAGACGCAGCUGCUUCAAGGGAGGGGGGUCAUGUUAACCGGACAAUGGAAAUGUAUAAGUUGUCAGAAAGAUUUCUGGGAUGUUGAGCAUGAGAGAAGAAGUGGGCAAACUGAUUUAGUGGGGGGAAAGGAAAAAGAGAAAAGCAAUUCAGAUGUAAGUUCCUCUGAAAUUAACGGGACUUACUUCCAAACAAAUGUAUUUAGGUUUGGGGUGCCAAUGAGAUCUUUAAAACCCACUUUUGUGUGUCAGCUUCUCAUUCUGCUCAGGGUGAUGCUUCUCGUUUGUUUAGAGGGGGGUUCCUACGGAUCGCUCAAGUUUGGGGGAAUUGGUUUGCGGGAGCGGUGUCUCGCACAGGGUAGCAUCCUGUACUGAGGAAGUGCGUCAGAAUCCCCUGUAGCAUUAUAGAGGAUUCUGACAUGCCGUCUCAGCAUAGGUGGGGUGCUGGCCGUACUGGAAGGAGCUGGACCAGAAACAGGACUCUCACACUGCCUUUGGUAUGGGGUACCAUUGCUUGUGCAGUCCUAGGCAGCUGCAUGGUCAGGCUUUUCCUAUGGAAUCAAAAUGCUUAUAAAAGUACUGUACCCUCUUCUGAUUGGAUCAUAUUUAAAGGGCAACCGUGGAUUCCCAACAAAAAUUGUAAGCUCGCCCAAGAUCUUAGGAUCCAAACUUUCCCGAAUCAAAGGGAUUAUUUACAGGGUGAAGGGCAACAUGCUUUAAAUGUAUGGUGCGUGAACCGAGUGUGUGAACGUUGUCACAGUCCAUCAUGAGAGUUGAUCAGGAUUAUGCAAGCCAUGUAAUCGGUAACAGAGGUCCAGAUUGGAAAAAAGCUCAACUCAAUUGUAUCGAAUAUUGGCCCACAAUACUAUAUCAUGGUAGAAAUGUCCACAAGGCCAUGGGCGUAGCCAUGAUUUUUGUUGGGGGGCAGGCAGGACUUUUGUUGAGAGACAGAACCAACAUGAUUGGUCAGUCAGUUAAGUACAGUCGUACCUUGGAUC